AGUAUAUUUCAUCUUGAUACAUUUUCUUAUGAUUCAUUCGCACAAACUGUGCAUCUUGCCGUCAGUCCAUUUCCAAUGAAUUUGCAUUUCUUGUGAACUACACUAACUGACAGAUUUGCUCACAACAAUUGAUAACUCAGCGCGUUCGAGCCAAGUGAGCUCAGAGUAGUUCCGCGCGCCAAACGACUCAGUUCCAGAAAUGAACGAACGAUUGCUAGACGACGCCGAUUACGCUCAUCCGGUUAAAUCUUGGUGGCUCAACGCGAACAAAACCAAGAUUUUAAUCGCAUCAGGAGCCGCGCUCGUCGCCACAAUCCUCGUCAUACUGAUUGUAAUUCUCGCUGGUUCAGCGGACGAUGUGGAACCUCCGGGGACUCCGCUGCCGCGCAGGUGUGGCCAGCGAACCGCCGCAUCCGACUGGCCCUGGACGGUGGAGAUCUACGCGCGGGUCGCGGACUCCGACGGCUGGGAGCACACGAUCGCGCUGGGAACACUGGUCAACGAUCGGUACGUGCUGUCGUCGGCGUACGAACUGAGGAGGUUCGAAGGUAGCGGUCUCAGAGCAUUGUUGGGAGAAACCACGUUUGUUCACAUAGUUGAAGAUUCCUACUUCGAAAAUCGCGUGUAUCGAGAAAUCGUCAAAAAAGAAUUUAUCAGCCGCGACUCCUCCGAAUUUGAUGCAAGUAUCAACAUGGUCCUGCUUCGAAUGGACAAAGAAGUUAAAUUUAGUCAACGAAUCCAGCCGAUUUGUCUUCCGUGGGUACACCCAGAGAUUCCGCAACAGCUCACGAUCUUGCCGGACGAAAAGGACAAACUGUUCAGUUCUUCAGCGCACUUGGUAGAUUAUCAGGAUUGCUUUAUGGCUUGGUUUUCCCAUGGGUUUGCCGGGGAUCGCGGAUCGAAGAUGAUUCAUUUGUGCGCCAAGCAAUCGAACAGUAGUGAGCACUGUUACGCCCUUCGUGGAUCGCCCCUGCUAGGGGUGUUUGAUGACAGCGGAACACCCCGAUUUGUUCAGUACGGUAUCAAACACUACGGAGAUUGCACCGAAGGAUUGCAGAUUUACACGAAUGUCACCCACAAAAUGGAAUGGAUUCGAGAGGUUGUCAAUCGAAAAGAAGAUCAGCAAGAAAAGCAAUAAACAAAAUUCUAAAUGAAAUUUUGACUCAAACUGACUCAAAAAACCCCGUUCAACCCAGGUCAUGUUUUCCCGCCGUAACUGUUGUACUCCCCCAGAACCUUUCGUGUGUAUUUAUAUGAAUGUUUACUCUAAGCUUUUUGUGUGCGGUGGGUUAAAUUUUUAAAAUAUCGUCCACAUGCACAUAAAAUGCGCUACCUGCGCAGCACAAAAACCGGCCAGCAAAAGAGCAACCAAACCAGGGUGGUACACAUCCGAGGGGGAGGGGGAUAAAAACAACCACCCGGCCUGCAAAAUAUGCAAAAAUCAACAGCAUGCAUCCCACAUUUGAAUUUUCGCAAACGCCAGCUCGAAUGGGAGGGUAACCGCACUGCCCCCCCUUCCCUCUGCUGCGCCUAUGGUUUUUGUACGGUUGGCCAGAAGUGAGAAAAUAAAUAGAGCUAGAAAAUUGUUACCUUUGCAGAAAAGUGCUGCCAGGCUGGCGAGAGAAAAA